AACAUAGAGGUGGUAGUCGUUGUGUACAGUGGGAGAGAGCGUUUCCCGCUCGCGUCUUCUUUUCAGCUGCUCCGAUCGCAAAGACAUAUAUUAUCGUCUUCUGCGUUUGUUAUUUCGUGACAUCGCCGGGAAGCAUUGUCAAGUCCUCUGCGACAGACGGAUGUGAUUUUUCAAGAAAGGUGAAUUCUCUCUGAAAUUCCUCUUAAGAAAAAGUCAUCUACCGCGACAGUUCCACCAAAGUUAAGCCGUGCGGAUCGGAUGGGCAGCCUUAACCACUGACGACCAUCGGUCACUCACUCUUGGACAGUCUCCAGUCGAUCUGCUGACCACAGAGCCGGAAUCAACUCAUUUCCCCCCCUACUCCCCAGCUAAUGAAGGAAGAAGGUCGUAGGGCGGUCAUCUGUCAUGCUCUCUGGUGAACGCCCUUUUGUGGAUGUAUGCGGUGGCAAUUCCCACAUCUCGGCGGGAAAAUUUUUAGAGAAUUAUUCGGACAAGACUGGAAUCUUUAGGAAUCAACACUGCAUUGAUGUCAUAAACACUGCAAACAUGACACUGCUUCCUUUUUCAAACGACGAGAUGUUUGCCGAUACUUACUGGCUUCAAAAGUAGAACCAGAAAAAAGAAAACUCUUUCUCAGUGGACUUUGAGACAGAACAGGAAUCCUACCGCGCAUAUCGACUGCGCAACUCACGGCGUCCCGUUCAAAAACGGAAGAGCUCCGCUUUCAGUUCCCUCAGAAGGAUUAUACGCAGACGAUAUCUUGUCGACGCUCGCCGCCGCCAGACGAAGACCGGCACACCAAAUCACUUUCAGUUUUCAACUUUUUUUGUUGUUUCUGCUCUGAAGAUUAGUUAGACUCGUUUCCGGCAGUGAAAUAAUUUUAUUUCUUCUCAAAGAUUUGACAGCAAGUGAGAUGUUGUUUUAUAAAAUAAAAAUUGUUUUAUUGCCAAGAGAUUAAAAUUUGCAAACUUUUGGACCUGAAGAAAUGUGUGUGUUUUGAAAUAUUUACUACUCAUUUUUGGAUGGCGAGAAUACAUUUUCUCCCCUCAUUGCUGAAGUGGUGUUAGAAACACUUGUAUCUUCGUUUCCAGACGAUAAUAAUUGGAAUUUUUUUGUGCUCAUUUCAUCGGCCACCUGAAGUUGCUCAGAUUUGUACAGUUAUUCUUCGUAGUGGUACUUAUCUCAGUGCAAUUGCCGUUGCAUAAUUAAUUCAUCAUGGUUUAUUCGAACUCCGCAAAUUGUGAACUUCGAACACCUGUCACUGCCGUCGUUGUGCUGUGCGUCGUCAUUGCAGUCACGGCUAUGAACCCUCUUCACAACAAAAUCAUCAGAAAAGAGCAUGUUCGGGAGUUCAGCUGCGGCCGUCUCUUCUACAGGACAUUCUACCUGGACAUUAGACGAGACGUCCUCUACGUCGGGGCUAUGGACAAGGUUUUCCGACUGAACUUGGCGAACAUCAAUAGAACUAGAUGUGAGGGCGAUGCCAUAACGAUAGAACCGUCGAAUGUGCCUAAUUGUGUCUCCAAAGGAAAAUCAGAGCACUAUGAUUGUCGCAACCACAUCCGUGUGAUUCAGCCAAUCGGCGAUGGGAAUCGACUCUACGUCUGCGGAACAAACGCCCACAACCCCAUGGAUUACGUCAUUCACGCGAACUUGACUCGUUUGGCGAAGCAUGAGUACUUUCCAGGUAUCGGGGAUGGCAUCGCGAAAUGCCCUUUCGACCCUGAGGACAACGCCACGGCGGUUUGGGUAGAACAUGGCAACCCGUCCGGUCUAGCUGGUCUCUACAGCGGCACGGUGGCUGAAUUCACGAAGGCGGAUACGGUCAUCUUCAGGACCAACCUCUACAACAUCACCACAAGGAUGGAGAUGCAUCCUUUCAAAAGGACCAUCAAAUAUGACUCGAAGUGGUUGGACAAGCCGAACUUUGUGGGUUCCUACGACAUCGGCGAGCACGUGUACUUCUUCUUCCGGGAGAGCGCCGUCGAAUACAUCAACUGCGGCAAGAGCAUCUACUCCAGGGUGGCCCGAGUCUGCAAGAAAGACACCGGCGGAAAAAACAUCCUGAGCAAAAACUGGGCCUCCUUCCUGAAAGCGCGCCUCAACUGUUCCAUUCCCGGAGAAUUUCCAUUUUACUUCAACGAAAUCCAGGAUAUUUAUAAACACCCGGAAGACGAUCAGAAGUUCUACGCUGUAUUCACUACUUCCAUGAACGGCCUUAUGGGUUCUGCGGUGUGCACCUUCAGCCUGGAAUCCAUCCAAGAGGUGUUCAACGGCAAGUUCAAGGAACAGGUCACUUCCUCCUCGGCCUGGCUGCCCGUGCUGAGCAGCAAGGUACCGGAACCCAGGCCCGGACUCUGCGUCAACGAUACUCAGACGUUACCAGACUCCGUGCUUAACUUCAUCCGUGGACACCCGCUCAUGGACUCGGCCGUGGCGCACGAUAACGGAAAGCCGGUCUUCUACAAGAGGGACAUCCAGCUCUCGAGGUUGGUUGUCGACAGGCUGGAGGUGGACGGACUGCCUUUCACCGUUUACUACGUGGCCACCAACGACGGCAUCAUCUACAAGUUGGUGGAGUGGUACAACAGGGACGGUGAAGAGCAUUCCAACCUCGUCGACAUCUUCGAAGCGACGACGCCCGAGCCCAUCAGGUCCAUGGAGAUAUCCAGCAAGCACAAAUCGCUGUACAUCUCUUCCGACUCUUUCAUCCGGCAGUUUGACGUGGUGAUGUGCAAAGGCCGCUACGACAGCUGCCUGCGCUGCAUCCAGGAUCCCUAUUGCGGCUGGGAUAAGGAUCACAACGAGUGCAAGCCUUACGUCACUGGCCUUCUUCAAGAUGUCACGAAUGCAACUCCUGGUAUUUGCGACAGCAGUGUUAAGAAUAAGCCUCUUCACGUGUACUGGGGCCAGAGUGUCCACCUGGCAUGUCCCGUGCAUCUGCCUCAAGCAGAAACGGCUGUCAUUGGAUCCAGCCGCUGGUUUCGGUACAGUCGCGAGAAGGGGAAGUACGAGGUCCAACAACGGAGGGAUAAGUAUAUCUACACACAGGACCAAGGUCUGGUCAUCUUGUCUGUCACGGAAAGGGAUAGCGGCCGGUAUGACUGUAAACUCGGUCCUAACACGCUUUGCUCCUACAAUAUCACUGUUGACACCAAGACAUGCAGCGCCCCCACAGACGUAGAGUACAGGAAAGUCUAUUCCGAUUGGUGCCAUGAAUUCGAAAAGUACAAGAUGGCCAUGAAAACAUGGCAGAACAAGCAGCAGAAAUGCCAGCUGACCCAUCCGAACGACGUGGCCUACCAGGGAAGUCCGCCCCUGUAAACUCUCGAUUCGGAGGGAUGCCCGAAUUAUUUGUGACCUUCACUUUUUCUACUGCUCAAGGCGACUGCGAGCAAAGAGAAAAAGGCCGCUCACCCUCUCUGUACAUAGAACACACACUCGGCUCAUCGGAAGACAAACUCAUCUGUGAUGGUGCAGAAGCGACUGAUGCCAAAGACGUUCCUCGCUCUCUCUGCCGAAAAUGCUCAAUUCAAAAACAUAAGGACGGAAUCAAUUUGUUUGUAGCUAUUUGUUUUCUCUCUGUGGCGAUCAUCUGUGUGCAAUGAACACUUGGGGACUCGUCUCGUCUGACUCUUUCGUGAUCCCUUUUUUGUACGUUGUGAUAAUUUUGUUUUUCGAGAAUUCGCUUCAAGAACUUAAGCAGGGCAUCGGGUGGCCCUGCUUUGAAGGCGGAGUUUUUUAUUUGAAUUAUUUUAGAAGACCAGCAAAGUCCGUUGAAUAUCUAUUAUAUGUCCACGAGUUGACGUCAAUUGAUAUUGUUUUCCAACUAAGUGUCAAGUUUGCUUUGGAUGCCUUUUACAAAGACAUCAUACGUACAUAGAUUCCUUUAUUAUCUAGGCAUUAUAGGACAAUUCGAAGGCUUUGCAAUGUCCGAUGAUUGUUUAAAAGGUAUCCAAAUGGCUAGUUGUUCAUAAAGUGAUUUGUUUUCGAGACUAUCCAUUCUGAGACACACGAUAUCGGUUCAUGUCUAGUGUAUUUUCUGAUGUCUUUGUUGAAUAGACUGGCUGUGCCGAAGUGCGAUUCGUUUAAAAAUUUAAAAGUAUACAAAAAUGCUUCGUUUUCAAAGUAACUUUAUUUGCAUUGCCAAUAACAAUCAAACUUUGGUCGCGGGUCAGCAUGGGACAGACCCCAAAAUAUUCAAGUGAAUUAUAAAAACUGUGCGGCAUAAUAUUUGUGCUGUAUUAAAAUAUGUGCCGGCUUUUUAUUGAAUCAAUUUUCAAAGCAAGCCUGUCAGAUGCGGAAAGAAGCGACCUGAUACGUAUGCCCUGGCCAGUAUUUUCCCUGGUUCAAGAGGAAUGUGCGAUUUGGAAUCGCAUUUCCGCCGCUCUUUGAGCAAAGCUCAAGACUAGCGUCAGCAAAAAUUAUCUGCCGUUAUUUUUGCCACAUGCAGCGGAUGUUUUCCGAUGGCUUCUGAAGUUUUCAUUAAACGGCUCAAACCUCGAUUCUCCUCCUUCUAAUAGUAGAUUUUGCUGUGAUUCGUUUGAAUUUCCAUUUUUAGUGACAAAACUAUGCAAAGGAAAUCCACACUGGUCGUUCUCUCUGUGUGUACUAUAUAAUUUGUAAGUCAACGCGUUUUUCAUUUCCUGAAAGAAAAAUUGGAAAUAGAAAUAAAAAAAAAGCUCUAGAAAUACCUUUGAUUUGCUCAUUCACCA